CGUCUUCCUCCUCGCGCCGCGCCGCCCGCCAGAUCUUGAUUCCGGCGAACUUCGCCCCGGUGAACUUCGAGUGCCGCCGAACCAAGGCUUCCCUCGCUCCAAGAUUCUCACGUUUGAACGGGAAACUUGCUCCGCCGCCGAUUCGUGGUCACGCGAGCCGAUUUCCUUCAAGUUCGGCGACCUCAUCUUCCGCCGGAGCUCCGUCGCACCACCGCGCCAUUAGCGGUAAGUACGCCGGACUUGUAGAAGACAACCUAGUGUAGAAGAUAGGCUUAGUGAUCCGGGUACUCAGACACUUUGUAUGGGUGCAGCCGGAAGCAUGCCACUCGAAUCGUCACUUUGCACUGGUAGCUCUUCGAGUAGCCCGGAUCCCAACCAAAUAGAACCCAUAUGCCCGGAUCCUAUAUCAUUCCUGCCACCGUAUGUUUCCGACAUCAGACUAGCUCAACCUUUUUCCGCAUCUUCCAGCACCGCUCCAAGCCGGAUCCCUACCCUCCAAGAGCUCCAAGAGGAACUCGAGGGACAAGCUCGGAUGGCAGCAAAGGUGCAGGAGGCGGAAAACAAGAGGGCGUCCAAGGCCCGGAUCCGUGAAGGAGAACGAGGUCAAUGGUGGCCUUGCGCAACCACCGACGUGGAGCUUAGAGAGCUCCAGAACGAGGGAAUGAUCUCCACACACUGGAGUUUCGUUCGUGACUCCGACGCCCCCAAGCCAGAAGCCGGAGAAGUUGUCAUGACCAAGGCUUGGGUGGAACGCGGUCUUUCACUCCCUUGUUCGGAAUUUUUCCUCUCCAUCCUCAACACAUACGGGCUCCAGCCCCACAACAUUUGCCCCAAUUCAUACCUUCUCUUGUCCAACUUCGUGACUCUCUGCGAAGGACAUCUUGGGAUCCGGCCAGAUGUCAAGUUGUGGCAAUUCUUUUUCCGAGUGAAGAAAGAAACUAAGGACAAAGCAAUGGUGAACUGCGGAAGCAUGACGUUCAUGCUCCGCCCUAACCGCAUGUAUCCUCCCCAUGAUUCACACGAAUCCGUCCGGUACUGGAAUGCCGGAUGGUUCUACGAGAAGAAUGUUUCCGUUCCGGGUGUCCACGAAGGCCUCCCUCAAUUUGUCAACGAACCUCCAGAAGAACUUGCAAGCUGGAGCUUCGUGCCUCCACUUGCCUUGACCCCAACCUUGGAGAAAGCUGCGCGGAGAAUCUCCUGGCUAGUCCACGACGGACUGACCGGAGCUCAGCUCACGCUUAGCUGGUUCUCCCGGAGAAUCCAGCCUCUUCGCUACAACGCGCGCCUGAUGUGCGCUUAUACCGGGGCGGACGAUCUUCUCCGGGUUACCCGCCAUGAUCUUCCGGCUGAUUCUCUGAAGAGAAGGAUCAAGACGCUGGUGAAGAUUCCGAGGGGCCAACAGGUCCCGGAACUUUUCAAAGAUAUGUACACGAACGAUCAGUGUCCUCCGGUAAGCUUUGUUCUUUCCGAUGCUUCAAACUUCACAAGUUUUUUGAUGUUUAACUCUAACUUUUGUUCAUUUUCCUUCCAGCUCAACACUUUGGCGGAGGAAAACUUCCGCACCAUCAUUCGCGUCCCCGUCACCGGCGACACGGCGGAGGAGGCUCCGGAAGACGACGAGGAGGAAGAGGACCAGGCACCCCGCAAGGCAGCCCCACGACCUACAAAGCGUCCCCGCGCCAAAGCUUCCGGCUCUGAAGCCGGAGCCAGCGGCGAGGCCUCCGCCAAGAAGCCGAAGACGACGAAACCACCUCCGCUAGACUCAAGGAAAGCGGAGCGUGCGCGUCUAAGGAUGCUCUCGACGGCUGGCCAAGGCACACGCCCCAUCAUCCCCGGCGCCCCGAAUCCGAAAACCGCUGCCACGCGGACCACCAGCCAGGAGCCCAUCACGAAGUACCUGAAGAAAUCUCCGGCUGUUGGUCCCUCUACUCCAGUUCCACCAAGCGCUUCCCACCCAACUCCUCAACCGUCGCCACCUCCGGCUGAUCCAUCUCCCCCACCUGCCGCAAACACUCCACCGGAAAUAAUUCCGGUUAGCAGCGGGCAUGCAGAAGAAGAAGAUCCUAAGGCCAAAGGCCCUGCCCAAGAAGAGGCGGAAACACAAGGCCAGGGAGAGGCGGAAGUCACUUCCGAGAAGGCUGGAGAGGGCGCUGGCGACAUGGUCCUUUUUCCGAAGAACUUCGGAGAUCCGGCUGACACCACUUCCACCCCCAAGGCGUAUGCCACCAAGUUUUUUAACAAGCUGUCUGAGGCGGAGAAGUGGGAGCUUGAACAAGACCUACUCAACGCCAUGCUGAACAACGCCUGGGGGAAGCCGGAUUCCAGGACAUCAGAAAUCCAGGACUUCAAGAAAAACAUUGGCCAGUUCUGCGAUCAACUUAUCUGCAAGCAAAAGGAACAGCAGGCGCUGCACUACGAGCUGCACAAGAACAUUGCCCUGCAGCGCCGCGUUACUCUGAGUCAGGCGGAAAAUAUCCGGACCCUGAAGGAUGAGAAUGCGGAACUGGCUAAACAACUGGCGGACGCCCAAGGUUGGUUUCCGCCUUCUUCGUCAUUAACCAAAUUCCGACUUCAAAUUUGCUAUUAACUUAUGCCAUUAUAGGCGCAUCCUCCUCCCUUGCAACAGCUUCGACUGAACUUGAG